UCUCUCUCUUUUCAUUCCUCUCUCUCACUCUCUCUCUCUCUCUCCCUCUCCGUCUUGUUGGACUCCCCUCGCGCUCUGAACAUGACCCGCGACUUCGCCAUUUUUUCCUCUCUCAUUCCUCCCUGCGUCUUUUAACGAUCCGAGGACGUUUUUUUUUUUUACCGGACUUUAAAAAAAUAAUAAACUCUACUCGAGCAGAAACUCCUUUACCACAGACCGCUUCCCCCUCUCCGCGACACUUGCACCUCCACAGUCGUCAUGCCGGAGCCGCGCGGUUCUCCCACGGACUCUCCGUUCUCCAUCCGGAACCUGCUGAGCUGCGACACCAAGCCCAAAGCGGCGGCCAAACCCGCGAGACCGGAAGCAGGAUUCGGGGUCGGGGUCGGUCUCGGGUUAGGACUCGGCUUCGGGGAUUUCAGCUUGGCUCGGCUCGAGCUCCUCAACCCGCACCGGUUAGCGCUGCCGGCGUACCUGGAACGCGCGAGCUGGUAUCCACCGCACGCGCUCACCGGAGCUUCCGCACACCUGUACAGCACCGCAGAUAAAAGCAGCACGUGCUCAGAGAGAGACUCCCCGGAGUUCCGUUCCGACCCGGAAACUAAGGAGGAGCACGAUGAUGAUGAAGAGGAGGAUGAGGAGGAAGAGUGCGCAAGGAGCGGAGAGGAGGAAAUCGAGGACACGGACACGGAAGAGCGAAAGAGAGAUGCGGCGCGCGGGGAAGAAGAAGAAGAAGAGGAGGAGGAGGAGGACUGGAAACGGAGCACGCGGGUGACACCGACGGCGACGGCAACGGCUGCAGCGUUGGCGCUGGCGGAAGCGGAGGAAGAGGAUGAGGAGAAGAAAGCCGGCCACCGGAAGAAGAAGACGCGCACGGUGUUCUCGCGCAGCCAGGUGUUCCAACUAGAGUCCACGUUCGACGUGAAGCGCUACCUGAGCAGCUCUGAGCGCGCGGGCCUAGCCGCUUCCCUGCGCCUCACCGAGACUCAGGUGAAGAUCUGGUUCCAGAACCGCAGGAACAAGUGGAAGCGGCAGAUCGCCGCCGAGCUCGAGGCCGCGAGCCUGCAGCAGCACCACCUUCAUCAUCACCAUCAUCACCAUCACCAGCAUCCUCUCCAUCAGCAGCGGAUCGUGCGCGUGCCCGUGCUCUAUCACGAGAGCGCGGCGGCGGCGGCGGCGGCAGCAGCGGCGGCCUCCUCGUCGGAGAGCUCGAGCCCUCACCACACGAGCUCCAGCACCAUCACGACCAGCGCGAGCACCGCCACGCCCACGCCUCUCCUCGCCUUCCCGCACGCGCUCUAUUACCCGCAGCCGCACAUACCGCUGCUCAGACGCACGUAGACUUUAUUUAAUUUACAUGGAGAUUUUAAACAACAACAACAAAAAAAAUAAAGACUGAAAUACAGUUUUUUUUAAAUGAGAAAAUAUAAAUUGAUAGAGAAAUUAUUUUUCUAAGACACAAACGACUUUGUCUUUUCUUUUUGUCACAGAAACGAUUAAUGGACAUUUAAAUCUUUUUAUUUUAUUUUAUGUCACUUAAUUUUGGGUCCGUUUGAAAAUACAUUUAGAUGAGCCUAAGCAUUAUUAUUAUUAUUAUUAUUAUUAUUAUUAUUAUUAUUAUUAUUAUUAUUGUUUAGCUUCAUACAUAAAAAGUUGACUUUGUUUACAUCAUGGUUCUCUAGUUAUAAAUAUAUCUAAAUACACUGUGUGUGUGUGUGUGUGUGUGUGUGUGUGUGUGUGUGUGUGUGUGCGCGUGCGUGCGUGUGUGUGUGUACACGAGCGUGCAAUAUCGCAGGGACUGUGUGAGUCUAUUCUAAACAUAUUUCCAGUAAAAGUUUUCACUCAUUGGACAAUCACAUAUAAAACCCACUCGGACCUAGAUUUCCAUCUGCAUUACCAUAAAUAUAUAAACAAAAAAUAUAUAAUAAAACCGAAAAAAACGGAAAUGACGUUGACAUCUUUGUUUGAACUUGUGUUUUGGAUGUAAAUUUAAAAGAAGUGCAGUGUGCUUUGUACAGAGAGAUGAAAAUCUUUUUUGAUAUUGUUGAUUCCCGUUGUGAAAUAAAUAAAUGUUAUAAAGCUG